GUCAUUAGAGUUAAAUAAAUUUACACAAUUUCUGUGUAGAAAUAUAAUUCUGUGUAAUAGAAAAUAUUAAAAUGUUUUGUUUUUCACAAUAAAUUGCAAGUAACUCCUUUAAGUAAAAGACAAUAUGUGUCUAUUCCGCAUACUCGAUAAUCGUUAUCGUCUCAUGAAGAAUCAUGGCGAUGGGAUUGUCCAUAUUUUUCAUGUGAUCUCAUUCUCGUUGCUGAUGGGCAUAACCCUUUUCUUUUUCAUCUACGAAGUGUGGUUCAUUUUACCAAUAUUGUGUGAUACAAGAAGUUGGUCAUACACAUUCAAUUGUAUGUUGUGCAUCUAUACGUUGCAUAAUAUAAUUGGUAACUUUCUGAUGUGCUGGCUAACGGAUAACUCAAUGAAGAGUUUGCCCAACUAUCGGCAGCAUCCGCCGCCAACGGAAGCCCGUUUUUGGCAUUUAUGCACCCAAUGCCAAAUGAUGGUGCCACCUCGUUCCUGGCAUUGCCAGUCCUGCAGACGGUGUACACUGAAACGGGAUCAUCAUUGCACAUUUACAGCCAAUUGCAUUGGACAUAAUAAUCAUCGGUAUUUCAUAUGCAUGCUGUUCCAUUUGAGUGUGGGCUGUGGUAUUUGUUUGGUUUUCAAUACGAUUGAGUCGUACUAUGCGAAAUCAUUGUUCUUUGCCGACUCACUCAUAUUAUUUAGCAUCUGGGGCCUAAUUAGGCAAGAAAUUGUGGAUGAACAUUUCUGGCAUAUAGUUAGUUCCUGCAUUAUCAAAUUGAAUUUCUUUUUAACUGUAUUGGCCAUUGCACAAUUGGUAUAUCAACUGAUUAUGCUUUCACGGAAUAGCACAUGCCAUCGUUUCAAGGAUUGCAUCUAUGACCAGGGAUUUAAGAAGAAUGUGGAAUUAAUUAUGGGCAGACGCAAGUUUUGGGUAUUGUUAUCGCCCUUCAUGGAUAGCCCCCUGCCCCAUGAUGGAACUCAAUGGCAGCUGGCCAAACAUUACCUUUAAUAUCAUGCACAUGAACCAUUUAUUCAUUGUUCUAGUCACAAAGACUCAUACAGUAUGUGUACAUCUAAAUACAAAUGUUCCCAUCAUUGGCCAGAAAUAGAGUUUUACGCUUCAUUUAAUCGGCAA